GCUGUAUACUAGGCUAUGGAAGAGCUGGUGGAUGCUGGACUGGUCAGGGCUAUCGGUGUCUCCAACUUUAACAAAGAACAGAUUGAAUCCAUCCUGAACAAGCCAGGCCUCAAGUAUAAACCUGCCAACAACCAGGUUGAAUGCCACCCCUAUCUGAACCAGGAGAAGUUGAUCAACUACUGUCACUCUAAAGGCAUCUCUGUGACCGCCUACAGCCCUCUGGGUGCCCCAGACAGACCAUGGUUCAAACCAGGGGACCCUUCGCUGCUGGAGGAUCCCAACAUCAAGGCCAUCGCUGAGAAGCACAAGAAGACCUCUGCCCAGGUCCUGAUCCGCUUCCAUAUCCAACGGAACACGAUUGUGAUUCCCAAGUCUAUCACCCCCACACGUAUCCAGGAGAAUUUCAAGGUGUUGGACUUUCUGUUGAGCGAUGAGGAAAUGAAGACCAUUCUGGGCUUUAGCAGGCACUGGAGAGUCUGCCCAAUGAAAGGGAGCAUGAAGCACAAGGACUACCCAUUCAGUGCUGAAUUUGAAGGAAACAGUGGAUUCACAAAUGUACAUCUCUGAUGUCUGCCCUCUCUCUGUUCUCGUUCAGAUUCAUUCUUAUUUCUCCCGUUAAGACAAUGUGCAGAAAUAGCCACCCUUGAGCUAGUUUCUUGCGAAUACCCUCUUGUGCUAGCGAAUACCCAUACAUACUGUGAUUUUAGUAUCUGUGUGUUGCACUAUUGUAUUUCUCAUGAGAUAUACACUCUGACCUAUAUUAUUGCCUUCUUUCAUAGCCUAGUGCACAAUGGUCAUUAUUUUUUCAACAAUCAUGGAAACAUAAUUUGACAUAGGAUCGAUAUUAAUGAAGUAUAAAAAAGCUUUUGGUUUCUGGUUUGAUACUGUAGCAAAUCCAAGGUGCCAGAUUUCCUAACGCACAAUACAGUGUUUGUGGCUUCUCA